UAGCACCCGUGGGGGCAGGGGGAGAGCCGAGUUUCUUUGCAGAGCCACGGUCCCGUUCACAGCGGAUCCCAAUGCAACUGCUCAUCCUCCUCCUCUUUUACGCUGUCGUCUGUGCGAACUUUUGCAGCCGUCAGGGCACUACUGCCCCUGCCCAGAGCGGAUCUAUAAAAGCCCUGCGGUCCUCCAAUAUCAGGCGAGAUGAGAGCAAUCACCUCACAGACUUGUACCGAAAAGAAGAGACCAUCAGCGUGGCAGGGAACGGCUGCAUCCACAGUCCUCGCUUCCCCAGCAGUUACCCCAGGAAUCUCCUGCUGACAUGGCGGCUCCACUCACCCGAGAGCACCAGGAUCCAGCUGGCUUUUGAUAAUCAGUUUGGACUGGAGGAGCCUGAAAAUGAUAUCUGCAGGUACGACUUUGUGGAAGUGGAAGAUGUAUCGGAGACCAGCACAGUUAUACGAGGACGGUGGUGUGGGCACAAGGAAGUACCUCCAAGAAUAACAUCAAGAACAAAUCAGAUAAAGAUAACCUUCAAAUCUGAUGACUACUUUGUGGCUAAACCUGGAUUCAAGAUUUGUUACUCCCUUGUGGAUGAUUUCCAGCAUGCAGCCUCAGAAACCAACUGGGAGUCAGUCACAAGCUCUGUCUCAGGGGUAUCCUAUCCCUCUCCAUCAGUGACUGAUCCUACCCUCACGGCAGAAGCACUGGAUCAGACCAUUGCUGCAUUUGACACAGUGGAGGAUCUGCUCAAACACUUUAACCCAGACUCCUGGCAAGAAGAUCUUGAGAAUUUGUACACAGAGAGUGGCCACCAUUAUCGAGGCAGGAGCUACCAUGACAGGAAGUCAAAAGUUGACCUGGAUAGGCUGAAUGAUGAUGUGAAACGUUACAGCUGCACUCCGAGAAACUAUUCUGUCAAUUUAAGGGAGGAACUGAAGCUGACAAAUGUCGUUUUCUUCCCCCGAUGCCUCCUUGUCCAGCGCUGUGGAGGAAACUGUGGCUGCGGGACUUCAAACUGGAAAUCCUGCAUGUGCAUGUCAGGGAAAACAGUGAAAAAAUAUCAUGAGGUGCUGAAAUUCGUCCCUGAGGCGGGCCAUCCCAGAAGAAAAGGCAGAACCAGGAACAACAUGGCCUUAGUAGAUAUACAGCUGGAUCACCAUGAGCGUUGUGAUUGUAUCUGCAGUUCAAGACCACCCCGAUAAAAAAAGAAAGAAAGAAAAGAAAAAAAGAAAACAAAACACACUACUUGCAGCUUACCAGAUGUUUACUUUUAAGCAGGAUUGCUCUGAGGACCUUUACUCACUAAUCAUUUGAACUUUGCUACUAGCCUGCCUUUUGCAAUUAGCAAAAAUGAUCGCUAUGUUUCAGCAUAGCUUUGCUGAUUAGUACCAUGGCAGCCAAACAGGUAUAUCAUAGAUUUUUAUGUAUCAGCAUCCAAGACAAUAGGAUUAUGGUUAUCUGUAGCUAGAUUCUGAAGGUUGAGAUUUUCAAAGCUCAUUUACAGUCCUUAGGCAUGCAAUGCCCACUGAAAUUAAACACCAGUUAGGUAUUUGUGGUAGCUGGCAAUGAAAUAGUGUUGCAUUUCUGUUUCUCACUCACCAGUUCCUACUCUUAAAUUCUGCUGCCAUUUCUACCUGCCUAGCUCUCCUGGUGGUCAGUAGGGUUUUGUGGGUAUAAAUGAAGACAGAAUUUGGGCCUGUAUGAGUGUAAAAUAUAUUCUUCCACCCUGAGAGGGAACUUCCCAGCAUUCUGGCCCAACAGAGUGAGAUGUAGCAUGGAAAGUCCAUCACUACAUAAAAUAACACACCAAUAAAAUCAAAUCUUACUUUUUGUACUUGAGCAAAUCAUGUGUUGAAAUUAGUAGAUGCUUUGCAUAAGCCAGGACACUGGUGCUGGUAGGGGUGUGUGGAGGCUGGUACUUUUGCCAUAGUGACUCCAUGGGAGCCAUCACCAAGGCACUUCUGCAAGAUGGGGCUCCCACCAAGUCCCCAGGUAAAUCCCUGUGGACUGGAGCUGAUUCUUGUCUCUACCUACCUGGACUGGACUCCUGCCUGUUGCCCAGAGCUGCCCACAGUUGCCCAGGAGAAGCCCCUUCUGCAUAAAAAGGGAGAGAUGACCCUCCCCUUGCAUACUCCUCGCUGCAGUUCAAGGAGUGUCGUGUUUCCCCACACAGGCAAUGAAGAUAGGGCACUUGUUUGUUGAAAAUAUUGAUUUGUUUUGCAGUUGUACUACUGGGAAACAAAACUGUUCUUGAGAUUUAAUUAUCAUUAUUUGGUUUGGGGUUCGUUUGUUUGUUUGUUUUAAAUAUGGAUUAUUAUAACUUUGUCAUAUAUGCAUUAAUCUUAGUUAUCUGAGGUUAGUUGUCUUAUUUCAGCUCUGUAUUGCCAUGGUUAAACUGUUGACAGUGAAUUUCUUUUUUGAUUGCAUUUUGCUGAGGCAUAUUAACUCAUUAAGCAAUGUCUGUCUGUCAUGGAAAAUGUACAUCAUUUAAUAACUUCUACAAGAAUAUUAUUAAACACCACCUCAUAAUAAAAUAAGCACUUUAAAAGCUACAGCAUAGUUUCCUAUGCCUUUUAAAAUAUUAUGAAAGUGCUCUAGCUGAAAAAGGGAAAAAAAUAUCCUUCUAAACUAGCUUUAAAAUUUUUUACAUGCUGCUCCAAAAGUGUAAAAUACAGACAGAUUUAAGCCUGGCGAAGAAUUGGAGUUUUGAUCAUGAAUGUAGCAGGGGCAGCAUAUUUAAUGGCUGAGGUCUUGUAUUUAAUAGCAGACAUAGACUGCAUCAAUUCAUUUUGUUUCUGUUGCCUCUUGUGUUUCUGUCUCUGAAAGAGUGAAGUAGGUUGACAAUAGUGUGUUAUAAUUAGUGGAAACUGGCAUGUGCUAUAAUAUAGAAUUGAAAGCCUUCAAGCCAGUGCUAGCAAUCUACGAUUUUUUUUUACAAAAGUGCCCUAAUAUUCUGCCUUUCCCUCUUUAUCAGCUCAAGUAUAAGUGCUCUUUAAUAAUAUUCGCAAAACUUUACUGAAACAUCCCUUAGAAAUGUUGUGUUUCUUUCUUUCCUGUGCUUUAACCUUUGAGAUUCAAAAAGUGUGUGGGUUUUAUUAUUUAUAUUCAUUUUUCCCCUCUGGCUCCCAGAUGUCUAUUUAAAGAUGCUCCUGAAUGCUGACUUGGGAAAGUGAUUCAUCAUUUUCCAAAGCAAUUCACAUUACAAGAACAGCACUGUAACCAAAUAUUGCCAGCUUCAUUUCAUAGUUCAGGACUGUUUAAGAGAGACUUCAUUCUUUUUCUCUCACUAGGUUAAUAACCAAAUUGACCCAGCCCUUCCAUAAUUUUUAGAUAAUUUUGGAAAAAAUUUGCAUGUGAAACCUUGGCAGUACUGAUUGGUUUUGAGACAGUGCACUCCAAGGUAUAUUCUUGACUGAAUUACGCCCAAAUUGUGCCUAAGCGCUCUGCCCUUGUAGUUAGCAAUGGCUGUGGGAAACAUCAGUUUCAUAUGGUUUUGUGCUUUGAGUGGUCCUUUAAUUCUCACCUGCCAGGGGGAAGAACAUGCACCAGGCAUCAGCUGUGCCUGGCAUCUCCCAUGAGCCUCUGCCUGCUUGCCCAUUCUUCACCCCAAUAGCCAUGUGUUGAGAUGGGUAUUUGCACCUCCUAAUUUGGGGGAUCCAGCCUUUUCUGUAAGCCCAAGUUACUGCUGCAGGAAACUGGGAGAAAGAGGCUCUUCCAAAGUGUGCCUUAGCCCACACCUAGUGUGGCAAGUUUUCCUUCUCUCUUUUGACUAUGUAGCAAGAUCAGAACACUGUUUUGGGAAUCUAAGUGAGAUACACGAAGGUAGAUGGUAUGAAUACUCAUUUUAAAGACCGAAUAGCUAAUAGUUUAGCUAACUGCAUUGGAUACAGGCAGCAGUAGAUGUCAGGGUCCAGCAAAAAAAGCAUCUGUAAAGAGAUUGAUAUAAUAGGGUUUAUCCUCUUGCUUAAUAUUGGGUUCAUUUUUCUUAAAUACAAACUAAAUUUGUCACAAAAUUUUACUGGGACACUUCAUAAUGAAGGGAACCAUUCACUGCUUCAUGCUGCUGCCUGCCAUACAGACUGCAUGUGCAGGAGAGUCGAGGAUGGGAUUUAUGCUGCAGUGGGGGAUGAUAACACACAUGUGAACGAACUAAAACUCCUUCAGAUCCAAGCCCUGAACUGCACUGACCCUGGUGAAACCAAAUAUCAGCAAAUUGUUUCCUUUUUAUUUAUUAGCAGAAAUCGCAGAGAUUUUUUUUUUCCAAAACUUUGUUCUCUUUUUUGUCUAUGUAAUUGUUACAUUUUUUGCAUACUAUUUUAACUUAAAAAGUAAAGUUACUAAAGAAACUAACCUAUUUCAUUUUAUUGGUGCAAUUGGAACCUGUUCCCCCCAAAAUAAAUAUGUUUUCAGUGGAUGUUCAGAAAGAUUCCUAAUUUCAAACCACUCACUAGCUUCUUCUUUACUGUAUUCUUCUGGGAUAGAGCCUACUUUCUCAAGUGCAAUCUAUAUGCAUUUUUUGUUAUCUCAGUUAAAUGCAGCUUUCCUAGCAGUAUUUUUUACUUUAUGCAGUAUGUAAUGUGUCUUACCUUGAUGAAAAAAUAAAUACUGCUUUUGAAAGAA